ACCGACCCCUACGAAAUUUAUCUCCGGAGUCUAGGUCCGGGGGAGACACCGAAGCAGUUGGUCGUGGCCAAGGAGUCGCAUGCUCUGCGGUCCAUUAUGGGGCUCAUAGACAACCAGGAGAAGGUCGAGGCAAUUUUAGAUCCAGGUUCCCAAAUCGUCGCAAUGUCGGAAGCAGUUUGCCAUUCUCUAGGACUUCAGUACGAUCCCACCAUUCAGCUCCAGAUGCAGUCGGCGAACAAGACGAUCGAUAUGUCGUUGGGACUGGCGCACAAUAUUCCCUUCCAGGUCGGAGAUAUUACCGUUUACCUCCAGAUCCAUGUUAUUAGGGAUCCGGCCUACGACAUUUUAUUGGGACGUCCCUUCGAUGUAUUAACGGAGAGUUGCAUCAAAAAUUUCAAAAAUGAGGACCAGACGAUCACGAUCAACGACCCCAAUUCUGGAAUUGUUUCCACUAUCCCGACAUUUCCAAGAGGUCGCCCU